CCUCUUUUUUUUGUUCUGUAUGUGUUUAGAGGGAAAAAACAAAGUUAUUUUUCAUCUAUCUCAAAUUAUUAUCUAUAUACAUAUAUAUAUAUAUAUAUAUUGUGCCAAUUUUGUCGCUAUUCUCGUAUUAAAAGAAUAGAAUUUUAAAAAUAUACAUAGAAAGUAUAUGAUAAAUCGUUUAACAGUGUUUCUGAUAUUUGUGAAAAAAGUCUAUUUCUUUUAUCAGAUUAGUAGGACUAAUAUUAAUUUAUGCAGAAAUAAAUAGGAUUAUAUUUUUUAUUUUUCUAUUCAUACACAUUUAUUGGAAAAUAUGACUUACUAGUUAACUCAUGCGAUAAUGAUAAAGUUAUUCUUUGAAUCAUUGCCUUUCUCAAUUUUAAUGCUAUCUCACUUGCUCUUGACUUAUUUUAUGUCUAAAUUUAGUGAAAAUUUCUUGUCAUAUAUCUAUAGAUUAAACCUGUGAAUGUGUAAAAUAGUUUAUCUAUGACUUGUAGCAUUUAUUAGAACAUAUAGAUAUACUCAAAUUCUUUGAUUAGACUGUUAAGUAUCGUAUUAUUAUCAUUAUGCUAUUUUUUUACUUUGAUAUACUAUUUUAAUAGAAAUAUAUCUGUUUUUGACAGUUGAAUGGCUAACGUUAAACGUUCGUUCACUUUGUAAAUUGUUGAGAAAAACAUUUUUUUUUUCAAUAGUUUCAUUAAACAUUUCUAGAGAAAAACUAUUAUUCUUUAUUUCAACCAUUUUAUUUGAUCUUUAUUUUAGGUUGAAAAAGAUGAACGAAGUGAUAGUGAAGAUAGCGAUAAUGAACCGAGUGAUAGUGAAGAUGGCAAUGAUGAAACAUACACAAAACAUGAUGUAUUACCACAUCAACAAUCACCAGAUUUAUCUACAACGAAUAAUGGUGAUUUAAAUGAAAAUUUAUCUGAAAAUUCUUCAUUACAAACAUCUAAUUCAACUGAUGACGAGGAAAAAGAUGACUAA